GUUGCAUGAACAUCGCAGCAACAGCCAAUGUGACAGCCGGGAGUUUUUUGUGUCUGUGGAUUAUUCUUACAUACUAGCUGAUUUCUGAGACAACUGACAAUUGGCGAUACGUACAAGGUAAUUUCCAUGUAGACCACGGUGGAGAUCCCAGCAGUAUCCGUGGAUCUGGAGGAGACACUCCAGAAUUACUAGAUAGACUUGGACACCGAGCACGUUCAGCAGGUGUGGAGAAGGAACCUGCAAUCUUAAUCUCUCUUCUGAUUCCGAGGAAUUGUGUCUGGAUCUGACAACUGGAGCGAGGAAAAUUGUCUAGAAUCCUGGUAUCCACAGAUGGGGGACUCCACACCCACCCACUCCGGUACCGCAAAUGCUUCGGAGUAUGAUUACCUCAUCAAAUUCCUGGCUCUAGGUGAUUCGGGGGUGGGGAAAACAAGCUUUCUAUACCAAUACACAGAUCAACAGUUCAAUUCUAGAUUUAUAUCGACUGUCGGCAUCGACUUCCGAGAGAAACGUGUUGUCCACAGGAUACCGGGUGUUGACGGGUCGAUUGGGCGGAGUCAGCGCGUCCACCUACAGCUGUGGGACACGGCCGGGCAGGAAAGAUUCCGGAGCUUGACAACAGCAUUUUUCCGAGAUGCGAUGGGCUUCCUUCUCCUGUUUGACCUGACGAGCGAGACGUCUUUCACCAACAUUCGUAACUGGCUGUCUCAGUUACAAACUCACGCCUACUGUGAGAACCCAGAUAUAGUGUUGUGUGGAAAUAAAGCUGAUCUGGAGGAUCAGAGAACAGUGUCGGAGGAAAGAGCUCGAGAAACUGCUGAAAAGUUUGGGCUUCCAUAUUUCGAGACGAGUGCUGCAACGGGCCAGAAUGUUGCCAAGUCGAUGGAGUGUUUACUAGAUAUGGUGAUGACAAGGAUGGAACAGUGUAUAGACAAGUCACAACUACCGGGUGCUCGUAACGGCCACGGACGACACGGGAAGUACGAAAUGGACGAGGCUGGAGAGGGGGGAGGCUGUGCAUGUUAACAUGUAAUAGUAUUGUGUGCCAUUAGGACCUCAUCAAUCGGUACAAAAAUAGCCUUCUCUCAUCUAUAGUCAAAAAGUUUCCUAAACCUGGGGACUCUUGGAUGUUGAGGACCAAGGGUUAAUGGGUAAAUUUAUAGAUUUACGAAGAUCAAGAUUUAAGUUUCAGUAAUGGUGAUGUUGGAGUACGGGACCACUGAACAUGACAGGGUGGCUGGAUUUCUAAACUGAAGGCAAUAUUGAUUUUCUUUAAUUUUUUAAACAGAAUGUGAGAACUAUUGAUGAGUUUUAAUGGCAUAAAAGUAGGCUGUAUGUUAAAAAACAGAGUGAAUAUCCAAAAUGUGGAACUCUUUCUAACAAGUGAUUUAUUACUGUUAGAUCCAGAAUGGUUGUUUUGGGGCCGCGGUGGCCGAGUGGUUAAGGUGUCCCCACACUUUAACACUAGCCCUCCACCUCUGGGUUGCGAGUUCUAAACCUACGUGGAGCAGUUGCC